GCUAUAUUCUACUCUUUCUCUAGUGCUCUAAUAUUCCAAGUCGCCUCCAUAACGCCCAAUAAUGUCGUCAGAUAAGGUCCUUCCCGUACCCCCUGCUGUCCCAGCAAGCCAGCUCGCCGCCUUCAACACAUCUUCUCUCCAAGCGCAACCGUCAUCCUCCGCCUGGGACCGCAUCUCCAAAUGGGCCUCCGAGAAUAAGGCAAUUGUCUACACCAUUGCCGGAGUUGCCGUUGUCGUCACAAGCGCCGGUGUCGUCUACUACCUAUCAGCGUCCGGCCGCUCCGCGGCCUCCGCACACCCUGCGGAGAAGAGGAAGAGCAAAAAGGAGAGGCGGCGUGAGAAAAAGAAGGCUGAGGAAGAGAAAAAGGCUGGCGUUGCUGCCGCUACUGACCCUGCCAAGAAAAAGCCUGAGGAAGUUCCAGAAGAAUUGCCCAAGGUCGACGCAUCUACCGUCGAUAGCCUGUCUGCCGAAACUCGUGCGGCAUACGCUGCAAAGUUAAAGGCCGCCGGAAACAAGGCCUUCGGAUCCCUCGAUUACAACCGAGCCAUCGAACUAUACGGCAAGGCCAUCCUUUGCAAACCCGAUCCGGUGUACUACUCGAACCGCGCUGCAUGCUACAAUGCCCUCAGUGAGUGGGACAAAGUGGUGGAGGACACCUCCGCCGCUCUUUCCAUGGAUGAUGAAUAUGUCAAAGCCAUGAACCGCCGAGCAAACGCUUACGAGAAGUUGGGUAAAUUCAGCGAGGCUCUGCUGGACUAUACUGCCAGCUGCAUCAUCGAUGGCUUCGCUAAGGAAUCUAGCAAGCAGGCUGUGGAGAGGCUGUUGAAGAAAGUUGCGGAGCAAAAGGGACAUGCCAUCUUGGAGGCGAAGGGGAAGAAACUCCCCGGUGCCACGUUCGUGUCCAACUACCUGCAGAGCUUCCGCCCACGACCACUGCCUGAGGGCCUGGGUGAAGAUGUGGAGUUAGACGAGGACAGCGGCAAGGGUCAGUUGCGCAAGGGUUUCCUCGCCUUGUCCGAGUCGACGGGAGAUGGUUAUGAGGAGGCAGCAAGAGCGUUUGAAAAAUCACUCGAGUUGGGGAAUCUUGGGAACUUUGAAGCCCUUGCCCUGAACAUGCGUGCCACCUUCACAUACUUGACUGGCGAUGUCCAAGCUGCCCUGCAAGACUUGAAUAAGAGUGUGGAGCUUGAUCCGUCGUUAGUCCAGAGCUACAUCAAGCGAGCAAGUCUACACCUUGAACUUGGCAACCGAGAGGCUGCAGCCGAUGACUUUGACCUCGCCGUGGCGCAGAACAAGGAUGACCCGGACAUCUACUACCACCGUGCCCAGCUCCACUUCAUCCUAGGCGAGCUCCCGGAGGCCGCCAAGGAUUACCAAAAGUCCAUCGAUGUCGACCGGGACUUCAUCUACUCGCACAUCCAACUCGGUGUAACACAGUAUAAGAUGGGCUCCGUCGCCUCUGCGAUGGCCACCUUCCGCCGCUCCGUUAAAAACUUCGAGAACGUCUCUGACGUCUACAACUACUACGGUGAGCUCCUGCUCGACCAGCAGAAGCAUGCUGAGGCGAUCGAGAAGUUCGACAAGGCGGUCGAGCUGGAGAAGAAGAACAAACCGUGGGGUAUCAACGUGCUACCACUGAUCAACAAGGCUCUAGCCCUGUUCCAAUGGAAGCAUGAUUUUGCUGAAGCAGAGAGCCUAUGCCAGAAGGCGCUCAUCAUUGACCCGGAAUGCGACGUUGCCGUGGCUACCCUCGCCCAACUCCUCCUCCAACAAGGCAAAGUAUCCGAAGCGCUCAAAUACUUUGAGCGAGCGGGCGAGCUUGCCCGAACAGAAGCCGAAGUGAUCAACGCCGUGUCAUAUGCCGAAGCGACACGGGCGCAACUCGAAGUCCAGGAGCGAUAUCCCAAGCUCGCUGCCCGGUUGCAGCAAGUGGCGGGAGCGGGUGGUAUGGGUGUGCCGCCUUCGUAAAAAAAAGAAAAAAAAGAAAAAAAAGAGCCAUUUUUUAGUCUCCAUCUCCCCUUUCUCUCCUCCACCCUCCUAUAUAAUUAUUAUAGCACCUACCUUUCGACGAUGGGAACGAAAAGACGAACGCGUUAUUGCUCAACCAGACUAGAGUUACCAAGCAAAGGGAAAAGCAAAAGCACACCGAAGCAAGCCCGUCCAUGAACAAUGAAACCCGAACGCUGUUGAUGAUUUGCUGGCUAGGAUAAGAUAAGAUGACAUCCUGUCCCCUGGUUUUUCUAAACAAAAAUGGAAAAAGAAAAAAGAAAAAAAGGCACAAGAAAAACAAAAGUUGAUCAACUAGACUUGACGAGAAGGAUAAACCAGGCCAAAAAAUUCUCUUCUCUUUCCCUCUCCGCAUAUGCUUCGUGUUGGGCAGCCCCUAGCUUUACUGCUUCUCGUCUGUUAUUUCGUUCUUCCUUUGUUCAACGUCUGAUCAUUUCGUUUUUCGCUUAGACUGUUUCCCUAUCUCUGGCUGCUGGCAUCCCAUCCUAACCCCAUUCAUCUCGCCCGUGCAUUUCCGUUUCGUGUUCUCUGGUUUUCUUGUCCCGCGAGUUACUUGCAGACAUACUGUCUGGGUUUGUGUGUUUGAAUGUAUGUAUGUAUAUGCGUGUGAGUGGAGUGAUUGGACAGUGCCGGGAGAGGGACGUAUUUACUGCCAUACCUGGUUAGGGUUUGGCUGCUGCAACGUUUUAAAUGUAAUUAUAUAUCUGUUUCUUCUUCCCUUUUCCCUCUGGCCCCUGUUUUUAUUUUUUGUAUGCCUGCUCUGGCUGGAUGGAGUUCAAAUAGAUCUGAUCCCAUGUGGAUCAGACACAUCUCACAUGACUGCGAUGACAUCAUCAGCCGCCUGGCCAAACGCUGGUUGUAAUUCCGAUACCACGAUACCACAGGGAACAGCCCUAAAUUGAGACACCAGCUGGUAAAUACCAUGCGUAUCCAUACCACCGAUCUAUGCGGCAUGCAUCGCAGGCGUGUAACUGUGACCUGGACACAACCUGCAACUCCGCACCAACAUCUGGUAGCUGGUACCGCGGGGAACUGGACAAAACCCGCCAGCCCUUCUGCCUGGGCUUGAUUGAUUGAUUGAUUGAUUGAUUGAUUGAUUACAUCUUUAAGUUGGUGUCUGCAUCCCGUAAGGGCGCUAUGCAACUGGUCUUGAUCUAGUCUAAUUAGGUAUCUUAAGUGAGGCCUGACAGAGUCUCACAUGCUGCUACAUAAAUAUAGCUUUAAAUAAAUAAACAGACAGAUAUCUU